UUCAAUAUGAGGAUGUGGGGGAGUUUAAGAGGAUGUCUGAGGUUGGUUACUCACUGCAUGCGCGGAGCUGUCUGUGAUCUGAUUGGUCAGCAAUGUGGGCAUGGGCACUGCUUCCGAUCAUCCUGGCCAUUGGGGGUGCUGCGGGGAUAUGGGGAGUGUGUGCUGUGGCUGUAAUAAAUGGAACAGUUAAUCUAACAAAUGGAGUUCCUUAUAUCAGUGAUUGCGGCACCUACAACCCUCAGAGCUGUGUCUUUUCUCAGCAUCUCAACAUAUGUGCCUUUCUGGGGAUAUGGGUUGCGGUGUUGAGAUUCCAGCAGAUCAGAGACUUUGGACUGAACAGCAAGGUCAACACCGCCAGCUUGGUUCUGGGCUUCAUCUCAGCUCUGGGCAUCUCUGUCACCGGAAACUUCCAGAAAACUGUGCUGUUGAGGGCCCACCAUUUCGGAGCAUUUCUGGCCUUCAUUGGGGGUGUGACCUUUUUCUGGCUUCAUGUCUGGCUUACCUACAAGGCGAAGCCAUGCCAAGACCAUCACAGGGUGGGCCCGGUCCGCAUCGUCCUCUGCAGCAUCUGCACCGCCCUCAUCCCCGUCGCGAUUGUGCAGAACAUCAAGGACCACCGCUCGUCCGCGGCCAUCUGCGAGUGGGUGAUCGCCAUGGUGUUCUUCGUGCUGUUCGGCCUCUUCGGGGUGGAGCUCCGCCACAUCGACUGCGUCCGGCUCACCGUGCAGGCAGCCCCGAGGACGCAGCCUUACUGCAGCCCAGCCUCCCAUUUUGUGCACCCGCGUGCACCUGCAGGGGCAGAGGGACGAGCGCUUCCCCAAGCAGUUGCGCAGACGGACACACACAGCGAAUAAAAGCAUUGCUUUUGUGUGAGAAGUGAAUAUUUUUACGUGACAAUUGAAUCUGCUAAGGAAAAAAAUAAUUACAAGGUGGCAGUGACUAUAAAGACUAAAUUGUUAACCUAAAGAUAUUCACUCAGCAGCAAAUAAGACUAUAUCUACACACUGAUGUGAAACACAGCUAAACCCUCUUUAUGGAGCAAAAUAUAAGGAGUCAUGAACAUACUUAAUGCUUAAAUGCAGGCUUAUAAAGUGUUAAGAAAGGUUUAUAUAUCAACUUUUACAUUGAUGUUAGGAAAUGUUAAUUGAAUGCUCUUUAAACAUUUAAAUGGAAAAUAAAUUUGAAUUUAUUUAGUCAUAUUUCUGUAAAUAAGCUAGAAGCACAAUAAUAUUCUCUGUUAAAAUGUGUUCUGCACUAUGAAUUUGUUUUCAGCUAUUGUUUUACCACACAAAUUAUUCCUUGCAUUUAAAAUUAAAAAAAAAAAUCCCAUCUGCUUUUCAUCUGUGGACAUUUUGCAUCAUUUCAGACCUUUUUUCUUCAUGAUAUCACUACACAAAGCACAAGGCCUAUUUCUAAUGGGCCAGGUACCUUGUCAUGGUCAGUUUAUAUUAAUAAUACA